AUGUACUCAUAUACCCCAACACAAUUAUAUUCGAUGCAUCGGCAUCAUUAUCCUCUUCAUCAAGCAAUGUAUGUUCAACAACAACAACAGGGAAUGAAUUUGUUGUAUCAUCAAUACAAUCAUCUACGUUCUAUGCAAGGUGCUUUUUCUAAUCCAUCUCUUACGUCUCUUGCAUUUCCACAACAAACAAUGGACCAAAAGCAACAACUAUUUAGAACCGACCAAUUAGUACCACAAGCUACACCGCAAAUUGCAACACCUGCUCAGCAACAACUUCAACAACAACUUCAGCAACAACUUCAGCAACAACUUCAACAACAACUCCAACAGCAACUUCAACAGCAACAAGCUCAGCAGCAAGUUCAACAAAAAGUACAACAACAGGUGCAACAACAAAUACCACGCUCAAGUCCAAUUAAUAUGAUACCACUCUCAUCAUCUGAUGCAUGGCUAUCAAAUAGCUCCAUACCACAAAACCAAGAUAUACUACGUUCUUUUACUCAUACUGUACCGCAUCAAGUGUUUGACAUAGCUCCAUAUCAUAAUCGUACUAACAGUAUGAGUAGUAAUACAUCAGCAUUGCCGUUAAGUGCAUCGUUUGAAUCACCAUUAUCGGGUCCUUUUCUUUAUAAUCAGCCAUCAUCAUCACCACCACCUGAAAUUUAUCAACGACGUCAACGACGUCAUAGUGGUUCGAGUUGUUAUGAAUCAGAUUAUACUGAUUUAUCCAGUGGUGAUGAAGAAGAACUAUUUAUGCGGCGACCAACAAAGCCCAAAACGACACAAACACUUUCAUCAUCAUAUCCAAAAUCUCAAUCAAAUUUAAUGAGUCGUUCAGAAUUGUCGACAACUGAGCAACAAUCUAAUGAUAUUUAUCAAAAAUUAAACAAUGCUAAUGGAAUUUUUCCAUCCAUUAAUAAAAUUUAUAGUUCAUCAACUAAAAAUAAUAAUGGUGUUGCUCGUCCUAAACUGAUUCAAUAUAUUAGCGAGAAUAUUAUUGGCAAGGAUCAUAUUUUCAAUGGACCAUGGGGUUUAAGACGAAUGGUCUAUUGUGAUUAUACGGCAUCAGGUCGUCCAUUGGAAUUUAUUGAAAAAUAUAUUCGAACUCAUGUACUUCCAUUAUAUGGUAAUACACAUAGUGAAACAAGUUUAUGUGCUCAACAAUCUACAAAAUUUCGUGAAGAAGCCCGUAAUAUAAUAAAAAAAUCGAUUAAUGCUAAUGAAAGUGAUAUUUUGUUAUUUACUGGUACUGGUUCAACCGGUGCUGUUCAUACACUUGUUCAUAAUUUUAAUUUUCAUGAAGAAUCUAAUCGAAAAAAUACAAUUGUUAUGGUUAGUGCAUUUGAGCAUCACAGUAAUAUAUUACCAUGGACUGAAGCAGGUGUUGAAGUGCUUCGAAUACCUACAACAGAACAAGGUAUACUUGAUAAAUCAGUAUUAAAAGAAAAAUUACAACAUUAUUCAAAUUUAAAAAGACGUAUUAUUUGCUCAUUAAAUGCUGCAAGUAAUAUAACUGGUAUUUAUACUGAUGUUGAUAGUGUAUCAACACUUGUUCAUUCAUAUUCGGGCUUAAUAUUUUGGGAUUAUGCAACAGCUGCACCUUAUGUUAAAAUUGAUAUGAAUCCAUCAGCAACAGCUUAUAAAGAUGCAAUAUUUAUUUCAACACAUAAAUUUCUUGGUGGCCCGAGUACACCUGGUAUUUUAGUUGCCAAAAAGAAUUUAUUUAGUUUGAAACCUCCAAAAGCUUGUGGUGGUGGUACUGUUAACUUUGUAACUCGUACAUGUCGAGAAUAUAAUUACAAUUUUGAAAUUCGUGAAGAAGGUGGUACACCAGAUAUAAUAGGUUGUAUUCGAGCUGGUCUUGUUUUCCAGUUAAAAGAUUCACUUGAUUUGAACUAUAUUCAAGCACGUGAAGAUGAAUUAGUUAAACGAUUUUUUCGACGUUUUAAAAAAAUCGACACAUUAAUUCUUCUUGGUUCUCAAACUGCUGCGCGUUUACCAAUAUUUUCAUUUUCUAUUUAUGUACCGAUUAUAUGCAAAUAUUUACAUCAAAAUUUAGUUUGCCGUUUAUUUAAUGACUUAUUUGGCAUACAAGUUCGAUCUGGUUGUGCUUGCGCUGGACCAUAUGCACUUGAUUUAUUAAAUAUCAAUGAUGCUAAAUCAGACACGUAUUGUUUGUUCAUGACAGAAAAUGCCUGGGCUCGAGGAAAUGAAGGCAUUGUUCGAACUAUGAUGAUGAAACCCGGUUUUUCACGUAUUAAUUUACCUUAUUUUGCAACUGAUGAUGAAAUUGAAUAUAUUCUUAAUGCCGUAGAAUUUAUUGCUCUUCAUGGAUGGAGAUUUUUACCAUUGUAUACAUAUAAUCCGGUGACAGCUUCAUGGUCUCAUCGCAGUGGUUUUCAAUUAGCUCAAUCAAGUCUCGAGGAUAUAACAUACAAAUCUGGUAAAAUGCAAUAUUAUGGAAAAAGAGAUUUAUCAGCUGCAUAUGCAGAAAAAGGCAUUCCUGAUCCAUUUCGUGAGGCGAAAGCACUUGCUGCCGAUGCUGUAAGAUAUGCGCUUGAAGUAGUUGAUUAUACAUCGGAUCCUCCAUUAAAUAUACCCGAUAAAUAUUUACACAUGGUUUGGUUUGCAUUGCCAAUUGAUAUUGCUUUAAUGAUGCUUAAACGAAAAGAAACUGGACAAGAACCAAAUUGUGAUAUUAAUUCGAUUCCAUUUAUACCUGAUGAUGCAAAGAAAAAAAUCAUUGAGUCAAUGAAAAUGAAAUCAAUAGCAAAUCAACGUAAAACAAUGGUUAAUCGAAAAAAGCAUAAUGUUAAGCGUGGUUCAUCAACAUCUCGUAUUCGAUAA